AAGACGUAUGAAUUUGGCUCCUUGUCCAUCAGUGUGGACGGUCUCCCGAGGACCACCAUCAUUAACGCCGGCCAGCACAUCCUCAUAGAGGGCGACGAUGAAGACAACCCGUACGUGGCCAAAGUCGUCAGGCUCUUCGGUGACGAGAGCGGGAAGCAGAAGAAGGCGGUGGUUCAGUGGUUUGUUCGUGUGUCUGAAGUGCCUCUGAGCAAACUGAAGCUGCUGGGCAGAGAGCCUCACCCUCAGGAGAUCUUCUACUAUCAAGGUCGCAGCUGUGACGACGAGGUCAACGCUGAGUCCAUCCUCAGACCUGUGCAGGUGAAGCACCUGGACGGAGCAGCGGCGUUUCCUGACUCUGACGAUAAGGACACUCUGUUUGUGAAGCUGUCCUGGGACUCUAAGACCUUCAAGUUGUUGGACUCUGCUGUGGUGGAGUCUGCCUCCGAACCCACGCCGGCAUCCUCUCCUCCUCCCUGUCCCAAACCCUCCUUGCCCCCCUCGCCCCCCCGGUCCCCGCCCACGGCUGCUCCUGCGUCUCGAGGCCCCUCUCGACGCGCCCUGCCCACGCCGGACCCCGCAGUCAUGCGCAGCGCCUCCUCGGGCGACGUGAGAUACAGAAGAGCCACCAUGAGCGCGGGCAAGGUCUGCACUGCGGAGGCCGAGUCCCUGCACUCCACCACCAAACUGUCAGCCUCCAAAUGUCUGAGCGCCAAGAGGAGGAGCGCCACAGCCAGGACGCCGGGAGUCCGCAAGAAACUGGAGCUCAACAGUCCGGAGAAAGUGACGCAGGAAGACCUCGCUGACCAGCUGCUGGACGAGGAGCUGGAGUCUGUGAUGUUGGCGCAGAGGCUCUCAUCGUCUCCUCCUCAGGCCCUGCACCUCACCCACAGCCUCACCCCUCUCAGCAAGACCCAGAGGGCCCCUGUCACCCCCCUCCCCCACCGACUCACCCCCCUCAGGAAGGCCCAUGGAGCCGCCGCCGUCGAGGACGCAACCCACCUGAAGGAGUCUGGCGGUCCACCGUCGUCUGGAAGAGGAGACUCCACCAGGGCUGGGACGCCAUCUCGUAAGAAAGAAGCGAGAACCCAGAGGGAACCUGCUCUGGCUGCUCUGGCUGAGGUGGACAACGAAAACUCUCCAAUGCUGCCGACCGCCGUCACGCCGAGGAGCUCGAAGAGGAAGUCUGCCCAGCUGGUGUCGUCUCGCAUCAGGAAACAGCUGAAUCUUCUGGAGAACCUUCAGCUCCCGGACUCAGAUGGAGAAGAAGAGGACGAGUUUGUUCCAUCGAAGAAGGAGCUGCAGAGCAGCAGCGAGGAGGAGGAGGAGGAGGAAGGCCUGGAUAGUGAUGAGGAUAUUGUCGUAAAGAGGGGCCGACACACUGCGACGGGUUCACGCACUCCUCGCUCAAAGCGGAAAACUGGCAUCACUACCAGGACGCCGCGUAAAACUCCCAACAAGAAGAUCACACCUGGCACUCCCCGGACCCCCCGUCACGCCACUCCCAGCAUCCCCAGCAGGUCACUGCCUGCCCGACGUCCUGGGAAUGUCCUGGAGGAGGCCAGAGCGAGGCUGCACGUGUCGUCGGUGCCGGAGUCUCUUCCCUGCAGGGAGCAGGAGUUUCAGGACAUCUACAGCUUCGUGGAGAGCAAGAUCAUGGACGGCACCGGGGGGUGUAUGUAUAUCUCGGGCGUUCCGGGCACAGGGAAGACGGCCACGGUGCACGAGGUGAUGCGCUGUCUGCAGCACGCAGCUGAAGUGGACGAGAUCCCUUCGUUCCUCUUCAUCGAGAUCAAUGGGAUGAAGAUGACGGAUCCUCAUCAGGCCUACGUCCAGAUCCUGCAGAAACUGACGGGUCAGAAGGCCACGGCCGACCACGCUGCCGCCCUGCUGGAGAAGAGAUUCAGUAACCCUGCGCCCAGGAAGGAGACGACAGUUCUGCUGGUGGACGAGUUGGACUUGUUAUGGACGCGGAAGCAGAACGUGAUGUACAACCUGUUCGACUGGCCCACACGGCGUCACGCCCGCCUGGUGGUGCUGACCAUCGCCAACACCAUGGACCUGCCGGAGAGGAUCAUGAUUAACAGGGUGGCCAGCAGACUGGGUUUGACGCGGAUGUCCUUUCAGCCGUACAGCUUCAAGCAGCUGCAGCAGAUCAUCAUGUCCAGGCUGAACAAGGUGAAGGCGUUCGAAGAGGACGCGCUGCAGCUCGUGUCCAGGAAGGUGGCCGCGCUGUCGGGCGACGCACGCCGGUGUCUGGACAUCUGCCGCAGGGCGACGGAGAUCUGCGAGCACUCUGCCACGGGACUGGUGAGAAUGAGCCACGUGAUGGAGGCGCUAAAUGAGAUGUUUUCCUCCGCCUACAUCACCGCCAUCAAGUGUGCGUCCGUGCAGGAGCAGCUGUUCCUCAGGGCCGUCAUCGCUGAGUUUCGACGACUCGGACUGGAGGAGGCCAUGUUCCAACAGGUGUUUGUGCAGCACCAGGCUCUGUGCCGGGUGGAGGGUUUGCAGCCCGUCAGCGUGUCUGAGGGCCUGGCGGUGUGUCAGCGUCUGGGGGCCUGCAGGCUGCUGCUGCUGGAGCCCAGCCGCCUGGGAGUCCUGCAGCGCGUCCGCCUCAACGUCAGUCAGGACGACGUGCUCUACGCCCUGAAGGCUGACUGAAGGACGGACGCCUGUCGAGGCAUCUGAACCUCGGGGGGGAAUGUGGGAGAGCAGCUUUGUGCUGCAUAAGCAUGAUAUGACGAUGUGAAUGAUGACGAAGGUGAGAGUGGCUGAUCCAGAUCUAGAUCCAGAUCCAGAUCUAGAUCCAGAUCCAGAUCCAGAU